AUGUCUGCGUCCCUUGAUGGCACAGUCAUGAUGUGGGAUGUCAGAAAUGUGCAGGGGUAUGCUGUUAUCGAGUCACAUGAACACAGAAUGCUAUAUACUGAUUGGUUGGAAGGGUACCGUGUAGUUAGUGGUGGUGUUGACGCGAAGCUUCGGAUUUCAUCUAGUGUUACCCUGCCUCUAAAGGAACCUAAGUUAAUGUCAACAUGA